GGUGGGAUUGGAACAAUGGGAUUGAGAACAAAUUUUUACGGAUUGAAGUGUGUUGCGAUCGUUGCACCAGCAUCAGGGGGAACGUAUGGAAAUAUAGCAGUACAAGCAGGUGAAUCGAUGUGUGCACAGCGACUUGGAUCGACAGUUGGUCGUUGA